UCGCGACGACUUGAAGGCACGGGGAAGGUGAGGGGAGAAGGAGGACGCUAAAAUAGCAAGAGGGGGCAGUUGACAAGAAGAAGUGAUUGUGCAUAGACGUUUCUAUAUAUCUUUCGAAGAAGGAACAAUGCGUUGUCCGCUAGUCUGAAGUCUGAAGAUGCCCGUGUGUUACCGAAGUCCAAAUUGUAAAUCCGCUCGGUCUUCGAGUCGUUAGGCUAAGUUACCUUAUAGCUGUUGAUUACAGACAAAUAGGAAAAAUACAAUAGCCGUCUGGACUGUCACUUUUGAAUCAAAAGGGAGACCGCUCGACAGUCAUGGAACGGAGUGUGAAAAUUAAAAUUAGCUAGCCCAAACGUUCAGAUCAGCCCCUAGGAGAAGACAGAGCAAGACCACCUGGCACCUGUCGCAAGAAUGGAUUUUAGCACGCUUCGGAACCUCAUCAGCAGAUACUGUACGGGGGAGGAGAACUGGGUGGACAAUCGGACGGUCUACAUCGGGCAUAAGGAACCCCCGCCGGGUGCUGAGGCCUACAUCCCACAGAGAUACCCCGACAACAGAAUCAUCUCGUCCAAGUACACCUUCUGGAACUUCAUCCCGAAGAACCUGUUUGAACAGUUCCGGAGGAUUGCCAACUUCUACUUUCUCAUCAUAUUCUUGGUGCAGCUCAUCAUUGACACUCCGACCAGUCCCAUCACCAGUGGUCUGCCUCUCUUCUUCGUCAUCACAGUCACGGCCAUCAAACAGGGCUAUGAGGAUUGGCUUCGGCAUAAGGCAGACAAUGCCAUCAACCAGUGUCCUGUGCAUGUCAUUCAGCACGGCAAUGUGGUGCGGAAACAGAGUCGAAAGCUCAGGGUGGGUGAUGUUGUGAAGGUGAAGGAGGAUGAGUCUUUUCCAUGUGACCUCAUACUUUUGUCCACCAGUCGGGACGAUGGGACCUGCUUCGUAACCACCGCCAGUUUGGACGGAGAGUCCAGCCACAAGACUCUCUACGCAGUGCAAGAUACAAAGGCCUUCAACACCGAGGAGGAGAUUGACACGAUACAGGCCACCAUUGAAUGUGAACAACCACAGCCAGACCUCUACAAAUUUGUGGGACGCAUCAAUAUUUAUUUGGAGCGGGAUGAGCCCAUCGCCAGACCGCUGGGGUCGGAGAACCUGCUGCUCCGCGGUGCUACGCUAAAGAACACGGAGUACAUCUACGCUGUGGCCAUCUACACUGGCAUGGAGACCAAAAUGGCUCUGAACUACCAGUCCAAAUCCCAGAAGCGCUCAGCAGUAGAAAAGUCGAUGAACUCCUACUUGAUUGUGUAUCUGUGCAUCCUGAUCAGCAAAGCCCUCAUCAACACGGUGCUGAAGUACGCCUGGCAGGCCAACCCCAACCGGGACGAGCCCUGGUACAACCAGAAGACGGAGACAGAGAGGCAACGGCACAUACUUAUCAGAGCCUUCACAGACUUCCUGGCCUUCAUGGUUCUGUUCAACUACAUCAUCCCCGUCUCCAUGUACGUCACCGUGGAGAUGCAGAAGUUCCUGGGCUCGUACUUCAUCACCUGGGACGACGAGAUGUUUGACGAGGAGUUGGGCAUAGGGGCGAUGGUCAACACCUCGGACCUCAAUGAGGAAUUGGGACAGGUGGAAUAUGUGUUCACGGACAAAACGGGAACCCUGACGGAAAACAACAUGGAGUUCAUCGAGUGCUGUGUGGAUGGGCACGUGUACGUUCCGCACGCCAUCUGCAACGGGCAGGUCAUGGCAGGAGCGACGGGCAUGGACAUGAUCGACUCCUCGCCCUGCGCAGAAUCAAAGGAGCACGAGGAGCUGUUUUUCCGUGCGCUGUGUCUGUGCCACACGGUGCAGGUGAAGGAGGAGGAGACUGUGGAUGGCAUCAAGCGGGGGAUCCACCAGGGCAAAGCCACGUCCUUCUACAUAUCCUCCUCCCCCGACGAGGUGGCACUGGUGGAGGGCAUGAAGAGGCUGGGCUUCACCUAUCUGCGGCUGAAGGACAGUCACAUGGAGAUCCUGAACAGGGAGGACGAGAUCGAGAGGUUCGAGCUGCUGGAGGUGCUGAACUUCGACUCUGUGAGAAGAAGAAUGAGUGUUAUUGUACGAUCCAGUGCAGGGGAGUACUUCCUGUUCUGCAAGGGGGCCGACUCCGCCAUCUUCCCACGAGUCGUCUCUGGCAAGGUGGAGCAAGUGCAAGCACGCGUGGAGCACAACGCCGUGGAGGGUCUGCGGACGCUCUGCGUAGCCUAUAAGAAGCUGAGUCCCAUCGAGUACGAGGAGGUUUGCCACCAGCUGAGCGGCGCCAAGCUGGCCCUGCAGGACCGAGACAAGAAGCUGUCCGAGGCCUACGACGUCAUCGAGCGCGACUUCAUCCUGCUGGGGGCCACCGCCGUGGAGGACAGGCUCCAGGACAAGGCGGCGGACACCAUCGAGUCGCUGCACAAGGCAGGCAUGAAGGUGUGGGUGCUGACGGGCGACAAGAUGGAGACGGCGGCGGCCACGUGCUACGCCAGCAAGCUGUUCCGCCGCAGCACGCAGAUCCUGGAGCUGACCACCAAGCGCACGGAGGAGCAGAGCCUGCACGACGUCCUGCACGACCUCAGCCGCACCGUCCUCCGCCAUCACGGCAGCAUGACGCGGGACACGUUCUCAGGUCUGUCCAACGAGUUCCAGGACUACGGCCUGAUCAUCGACGGGGCCACUCUGUCGGCGGUGCUGAAGCCCCCCGUGGAGGGCAACAGUGGGGCUAACGGGGGCAACUACAAGGAGAUCUUCCUGGAGAUCUGCCGCAACUGCAGCGCCGUGCUCUGCUGUCGCAUGGCCCCGCUGCAGAAAGCACAGAUUGUAAAACUGAUCAAAGCCUCCAAAGAACAUCCAAUCACGUUGGCCAUUGGAGACGGAGCAAAUGAUGUCAGCAUGAUUCUAGAAGCCCAUGUGGGCAUUGGCGUCAUGGGCAAAGAGGGACGCCAGGCGGCACGGAACAGCGACUACGCAAUCCCAAAGUUCAAACAUCUGAAAAAGAUGCUUCUGGUCCACGGCCACUACUACUACAUCAGGAUCGCUGAGCUCGUGCAGUAUUUCUUCUACAAGAAUGUGUGCUUCAUCUUCCCUCAGUUCCUCUACCAGUUCUUCUGUGGGUUCUCCCAGCAGCCUCUCUAUGAUACAGCAUAUCUGACCCUCUACAAUAUCAGCUUCACUUCGCUGCCUAUCCUGCUGUACAGUCUGAUCGAGCAGCACAUCAACAUGGACAUCCUGCGGAAAGACCCGUCCCUGUACAGAGACAUCUCCAAGAACUCUCUCCUGCGCUGGCCCAUCUUCAUCUACUGGACCUGUCUGGGAGUCUUCGACGCCGUCGUUUUCUUCUUUGGUGCUUUCUUCCUCUUCGACAACACCACCUUCACCAGCAAUGGACAGAUGUUUGGGAACUGGACGUUCGGGACGCUGGUGUUCACUGUGCUGGUAUUUACCGUGACACUCAAGCUGGCUCUGGACACACAUUACUGGACCUGGAUAAACCACUUCGUCAUCUGGGGAUCGCUGCUCUUCUACGUCAUCUUCUCAUUGUUGUGGGGAGGAAUCAUCUGGCCCUUCCUGAACUACCAGAGGAUGUACUACGUGUUCAUGCAGAUGCUGUCCAGCGGCCCCGCCUGGCUCAGCAUCAUCCUCCUCAUCAUGGUCAGCCUGCUGCCGGACGUGGUCAAGAAGGUGCUCUGCCGCGCCCUGUGGCCCACCACCACCGAGCGCAUUCAGAACGCUGACAAGUUGUACCACGGCCACCUAGCGGAGUUCACACCCCUGUCGUCCCUGCACGCGCCCCCUCGGGGCCCGAAGCGCUCGGACGGACAUGGACAGAACCCCCUCCCUCACAGGUCUGAGUCCCCCACCCCCAAAAAGAAACUGCUGUACACUCACUGGGGGGGUGGGGGGGGGAGGGGGGCCCGACUACUGCACCUUCAGCUCCUUCCUGCGCUUCGGGGACAGUCCCCGCCUCUCGGGGUCCACGUACGCCUACAGCGUCCCCGGCCCCGAGACCUCUGUCUGACCCCCACCCCCCCUACACACAUGCACGCACACACACUCACCACCACUCACACACACACACUCACCCUUGUUCCACUUAGCCUGUGCUCCUGUCUUCAUUAUCAACAACCUUGAGCAUCUCCCACCCACCACACACACACACACACAAACACACACACACAAACACACAGCCACAGACUGCAGGACGUUUAUGCCUUUCGCAUAGAAAACACACACACACAGUAUCACAUGGGAACUGUAUCAUUAAGGGGACCACUCACUCAGUGCUGGUGUUGUCCAGCUGGGUGGCUGGCCAGGGAGUCUCAGGACUUGUCUUUUCGAGGCCUUAGUUGGAAUGAAGCAACAGAGAAAAAAAAGUGACCAGGGACCACCUCCUCCUUACACUCACACACACACACACACACACAGUGUGUCAGACAUGCCGAAUGCCCCUCUCCAUAAACGCGCUCGUGAUCUCUUAGCAGCUGGGCGCAGGGGAAUUGGGCCUGUCACAUGUUCUGCUGUCACAAGAGAGACUCUUCCCAGCCAUUCAACCGAAUGUGUGUGUUUUGUGUGGCUGUCUCUGUGUGUGUGUGUCUGUGUCUUGUGUGUGUGUGUGUUUCGGUCAGUGCUACCCAUUCCCUCGUCUCUGUUGUUGUAUGUCUGUUCAUGUGACAUUACUUGAAGCAAACAUCGGCUCUGUCUUAUGUAAUCUUUGCUCAAUUGGCUGCCUGCCUCAGAGAGACCUUAUCUGACUUGAUUUCCUAUGAAAGUGAUGUGACUAUCGUGUGCGGUGAAGGCAGGUCCAUUGUAUUGCAUGUGCCUGAACUGACUGAGCUUUUCUGUCUUCUGUUUCUCUCCCUUCCUCCCUCCCCCUUCGCCUUCCUUUGCAUUUUCUUUUUUUCUCUCUCUCCUGCUUCUUUAUAGAACAAACUGGUGUUGCCUUUGCGCAAACCUGUUGUCGAGGAACACGCCAUAAGACUAGAGUGUCUUAUGCAUUUUCAUUGUAAGUUGCUAUAGGCCCAGGCAGUGCCAGUGCUCUUCUGUAGAUCAGUAGCAGAGCAUUGGAUCUAGUAGAUCUGUAUUUGUGUGAGAGCGUCCCGAAGCCAUGCUUCCCUUGGUAAAUGCUGUAAUAUUGUUGUCAAGGCAACACCGACUACACACUCGGAACUUGUUUCCAAAUAAGGAAAAGGCUGAUUUUAGUGUUGCAACACACUAGUUUCGCUUCAUGGAACCAAUGGUCUCUGUUGCCUUCACAGCUAGUUACAGUAUGUGUUGGAAGUAUUCAGCUAGCCUGUUGUCUCUAAUCUACAAAGAGCAAAAUUCCUGCAAUGUGAUCCCCUUUGGCUACACUAGAGGGCGCUGUUCCAACAGUACCAUGUGGUGUGUUGCUCUGCUGCAACAGAAACACUGAAUGUUCCUAUUUGUCCCUUCAGCGCCCUCUUGUGUACGCUAUUGGUACUACAGCAGACUUCAGCUUGCUAGAUCUGUGUCCAGUGUUGGUGUGUACCUGUAGGUGUGUGUGUGUGUGUGUGUGUGUGUGUGUGUGUGUGUGUGUGUGUGUGUGUGUGUGUCCUAUGUCCUCGCCAUGUGCAGUGUAGCCCCAUCAGUCUAGCUCCAUCAGGCCAUUAUCUGGCUGUAUAGAUGAGAGCUUGUGUUAUGCCUUAAUGUAACAUUAACGUUCUCCCCUAAUCUUACUCACUCAACAGAACCAAAGGUUUUAAAAAAGGAGAAAAAAAAACCAAGCAUACUACUCGUACAUGUUUCUUUGCCUUACAUAUAGACAUUAAGAAUGGAAUCAGAAGGGGUCUGCUCUGUGUUCCGGCAUUAUAUGACUCAAGCCAUUCUGCCUUAACGGACACACGUGUGGUUGGACUAGAUCACGUGACCCAUAGCUGUCACCACAUCCAGAAGGGCUCCGCUUACAAAACAGCCAACUGGGUGUCAUAUGCAGAUGUAAAUGUCACGUUCACGGUCCAAUCUGAUGUGUUUAUCCAUCUUUAUCCAACGUCUGCUGUCCAUGACAAGCUGCAUAAGAGAAUCAACCUUUUUUAUUAUUCUACUCUUUUCUGUUGUUAUCUGCAUAUUAUCACAAGCACAAGCAGUAGUGUAGGUGACCUCUAACUGACCCGGAUGACCCGGCUAAUUUAAUUGGCUGACGUCUGAGGGAGGCCGCUGGCGCUGGGUGACGACUCACUGGGUCAUGGGGUCCAUCAGAACCUUAGUGGUCCAGAUCAGUCCCUAGUGUGAGUGUCGUGUCCACUUCCCCCGUCAAACAAAUCUGCAGUGCAUUCAGCUGGCUUUAGGCAGUAUUGAUAGUAACUCUGCUUUAGGUUAUCGAUAGUAACUCUGCUGCAGGCAGUAUUGAUAGUAACUCUGCUUUAGGUUAUCGAUAGUAACUCUGCUGCAGGCAGUAUCGAUAGUAAGUGAGAGUGAGCUUUUCACAUUUUGUGUGAACAACCUCACUCACUCAUGCACUGUUGAAAAUGUGUUGACAUGUCUCCGUGCUCUGUCCAUACGCAUCCAUCAUCAUCAUCAGUUGUUGUUAUUUUUUUGUUUUUGUUUGUUUGUCUCUCCUCCUCUUGUCCCUUGCUUUCUGUUGUGCAGCCGUGCGCUUCCUCUUGGAUCUUCUCCUGUUCUGUUUCUGUACCUCCUGACCACUAUUUGUUCUUCAUUCACCCUCUCACUCUCUUUCACUCACUCACCCACCCCCUCACCCUCUCAUUCACUCACUCACUCACUCACUCAUUCAGCUCACACCCCCACUGGUCACUUACUUGAGUCAUGAUAAACAAUGGCAGGGUAAGAACGAGAUGGACAUAAUAUUUAGGUGGCAGUGUGUUAUUGUUUUAUUAUUGUGCUAUGAUUAUGAUAUUUAGAUGGCGAUUAUUUUUGUUAUUGUGUAUUUACUCUUGUCUGUAAAGAUUUUUAGCUGCUUGACAGUAGGUGCCUUGAGGUCCUCUUUGAGCUGUUACUCAGCACAUAAACACACAUACACACUCACUCAUACAUCACGCUUAUCACCACCUUAGACACACCUAGCCACACUAGCACCCAUCGUGUUAUAAGGAAUGUCUGAUAUUGUGUGGCUGUGGUAUGCAGUGUAUCAGCUGUAGUCAUUAAGAUGAGCUUUUGCAAGUAACAAUGUGGGGUCACAGACUGUAAAUCAUUGUUUAUAGUUGCAGGGCAAAUGCAUUGUAAGAGAACCACAAUCAAAGUCAUUACUCUGGAACUUUUUUUUUGUCUUUAAUUAUUGCUUUGGAAUAUGUCGCUGUGAUGAGGUUUACAAAUAUCGAACAAACGAAUGAAUGAAACCUUGCCAGGAAGAAAACUCUGCAGUCCAAAGCUGUCGAACUGUUCUCGGGUGAAUGUGGACAUCGUUAGUCACUUUGGGGAUCAUUUUUCAAGCGCAUUUAAUGUUUACUGUGAGAGCGCUCUUCAGCUCUGGUUUGAAACACUGUGGUCAUCCAGCUUUAUCAUGAGAUACGCCGCUCUGUGUGAGUCUGUUUCUAUUUAACACUGUGGCACACACACACACACACAUGUUGUGGCAGAACCUGAACAUGAACAACGCCCCAUCAGACAUGUUACAAGAAGGUACCUGUAAUGGCCGCAACUUAAAAACUUGAAACAAAAACAAGAACAUUCUCAAAUAUAUUACUUAACUGUAAGAUAAAAGUAAAGGCAUUUGUUCGAAAUGUAAUUACAGAUAUAUCACAACUCCGAGGUUACAUUUCUUUGUUUUGCCACAGAUGUCUUGCUACUAGUCAUUGUUUUCUUGAGCUAGAGCAUGUUGGGUUUUUUUUUAUUUUAUUUUACUCCGUUUUGAUUUAUGAAAUGUAUCUGUAAAAAAAACAGUUAAUAGCAUGAGAGGUCAUUUUAAAGAAAUUGAGGCUGUACAAAUUUUAGAUGAUCUAACCUGUGGUGUUGCUGAGAAUGACCAUCAGGAUUUCUGAAUGUAUCAAAACACAACCCCCUGUCCUCUUUUACACAGUAAAACAGGAUAGUGCAUUUGCUCCUGACAGUGGAACUGACUUGGACAGAACUCUGCAACAGUGGUGGAGUGUUGGAAUAAACAUUCUCCUCACGUGUUCUGAUAGUGAGUGCAAAAAAGCCCUGUGUUGCUACUGAAGGCCUCUGUGGCGAUACCCUGAGAGCUGCUCACUACUGCAGGGCUUUCGAGGACGUCCUCUCCCGACGUCUAGUGUCCCAUCUGCUCAACCGAAUGAUCUGAAAUGAAAUCUUUUCUAUAACUUCAGAGAAUCAACUUUUGCUACUUUUGUAUUCACAUUUGAAAAGGAAAAAAAGAUAAUAUUACCGACUUUAUUUAUUUUAGGGUAUUAAUUUUCAGUUUUGUAACCAAAAUUAGUUACAAGGGGGACAAAACCUUAUAUCUGUGUGUAUAACUUUGGCAGAGCAUAAACUGAUAAAUAAUAGCUUUAACGUUCUGCUGUCUCUGGGUCUGUGUGUGUGUUUGUUUUGGUUUUUCAGUUCUGUUUUACGUCAUGUUGACAUGCACUGUUUGUAAAGGGGGAUAAACUCAUAGAUUACUCGAUCUGGAAACAGAGGACACUUUGGAAGACUCCUAAAAAAGUGUGACCAAAUACUAGACUACUAUAAAUGUCUGUUGUCUGUACAGCUUCCUGGACUCGUAGUAGAGCCUCAUCUAAGCCAGCCUUGACAUUUGAGUAGAAUGGGCAUCACUUUCUCCUAUACAUUGGCACAACGCGUCAUGAUAUUGCUCUUAACUUAAAUCUGAUUAAAUGUAUGUAUACUACUGUACACUCUGCAUUGCAUAUGUAGUUAUAAAUAUAUAAAUAUAUAUACAUAAAUAUAUAUUAAUGUACAGUUUGGGGGUCUUUUGUAUACAGUUUUUAACAGAUUGUUAUCUGUAGAUAUAUGUGAAUUUUUGCCAGCUUUUGUGUAGCUAUUAAUGGCAAACGACUGUAUAUUGCUUGUAAUAAACAAAGUUAAAAUAA